ACCAGGGUGUUACAUUAAUUUUAGAACCCUAAAGUAAUUGUACAUUCAGGAAAGAAUCAAAGAAUAACUUGUAGAUAUACAAGGUUAUGUCUCCUUUAAGAAGCUCUGGUGAAAAGCAGUGGCUAAAUGCUUGGGUGCUAACUGAGAAGUGAGUGUUUCGAACUCACAAUCCUAACAGCAGGAAGAGAUAGGACAGUUUGUUUCCUUAAAGAUUACAGCCUUGGAAAACCUGUGCCAGCCAUUCUACUAUGUCCUUUAGGGUCACUAUGAAUAGGACUCGGCAGCAAUAUGCAAUCUGCAUAUCCCCUUAAACAUCCACGUAUUUUUUGCAAAAUUCAAACAAUAUUGUGGGCAUUUACAAAUGCCGUUUUCCUGAGCCAGGCUAUCUCUUAUGAUUCUCAGUCUCAGUAUUCUAAUGAUGGUGGUCUUAUGUCUCCUACUUCUCCUGAUCUUACCUUUAUAAUUUUUCCUUUAGCACUAAAUUUACAUUCUUUGUUUUCUUAGUGCUAUUAAUAAACAUGAACUUUUAGAAUGACAGAAUGGUGAAAUGCACAUGUUUUCUGAAACUGCUAUCCUGAAGAAAACUACUGAAGUUCUGUCACUCAAGAACAAUUUCCUGGGUUCAAAAUCCAGCUCAUCACUGACUAUACUGUGUAAUCUCAAACAAGGUCCUUCAGUUACAUAUACAUCAGUUUUCUUAAGGAAAUUAUGGGGCUACCUGUUUUAUAGUUUAUAGUGUUACUUGGAGAUGUAAAUUAAUUAAUACAUUUUAAUGUUUUAGCUCAAUAUUUGAAAUGGUAAAUGUUAUAUAAGUAUGUUAUUAUCAUUAAUAUUGUUACUAAUUUCUAUUAUCUUUACUUCAGAAUUUCUCUAGCAAUAAUCAUGGCGUUAACUGUAGGAAAUCAGAGUACUGGAGCCACAUUCACCCUCUUGGGCUUCUCAGAAUACCCAGACCUCCAGGUGCCCCUCUUCACGAUGUUCCUGGCCAUCUACAUGGUCACUGUGGUGGGGAACCUGGGCAUGAUUGUGAUCAUCAGGAUCAACCCCAAACUCCACACCCCCAUGUACUUUUUCCUCAGUCACUUGUCUUUUGUUGAUUUCUGCUACUCCACUAUAGUUACACCCAAACUAUUAGAAAACUUGGUUGUGGGAGACAGAACCAUCUCCUUCACAGGGUGCAUCAUGCAGUUCUUCUUGGCUUCUAUAUUUGCAACUGCAGAAACAUUCAUAUUGGCAGUGAUGGCCUAUGACCGUUUUGUGGCAGUUUGUAACCCCCUGCUUUACACCGUUGUCAUGUCCUCAAAGACCUGUGCAUCGUUAGUGGCCGGGCCCUGUGCAUGGGGUAUAGUUACUUCCCUGACACUUACUUAUUUUCUUCUGGCAUUAUCCUUCUGUGGUUCUACUAUCAUAAAUAACUUUGUCUGUGAGCACUCUGUCAUUGUUUCUGUCUCGUGCUCUGAUCCCUAUAUCAGCCAGGUGCUUUGUUUUGUCAUUGCCAUGUUCAAUGAGGUGAGCAGCCUGGUGAUCAUCCUCACUACUUAUAUUUUCAUUUUCAUUACUGUCAUAAAAAUGCCUUCUGACGGGGGGUGCCAAAAAGCCUUCUCCACCUGUGCCUCCCACUUGACCACCAUCACCAUUUUCCAUGGGACUGUCCUGUUCCUCUAUUGUGUACCCCAUUCCAAAACCUCCUGGCUCAUCGUCAAAGUAGGAUCUGUGCUUUACAUAGUGGUCAUCCCCAUGCUGAACCUCCUGAUCUACAAUCUCAGGAACAAAGAUGUGAAGAAGACUGCCAGAAAGUUAACGAGGCACACAAUACAAUCUUGA